AUGCUGAACCUCAUCGUCCUCCUGGCACUCUGCCUCUCUGCUGUGGACGGCCAGUUCCCACGAGUCUGCUCUACAGAAGCCGCCUUUCACACCAAGACUUGUUGUCCACUUUGGAAGGACAAAAGUCCAUGUGGUUUAUUUUCAGGCCGAGGAAGAUGUAGAAACUGGUCCAAUUUACCUGGAAAAGAGAUUCCCCUAACUAAUGACGAUCGUCUAGACUGGCCAAGGUUCUACUAUGAGAAUACUUGUGAGUGCAAUGGAAACUACAGUGGCUUUGACUGCGGGGACUGUAUAUUUGGACAUUAUGGAAAGAAAUGUGACCGGAAAAAAAUGGUAGUGCGGAAGGAGAUACGGGAACUGACCUUUCUAGAGCAGAAAAGAUUUUUCAGUUACUUGGCUCUAGCAAAGACCACCAAAAGCCAAGACUUUGUUAUCCUGAGCACCGGAGACAGGUUCCACCGGGAGACUUACCGCUUUGUAGAUGCCCCUCUGUAUGAUGUGUUUGUGUGGAUGCAUUAUUAUUCCAUGAAAGCAAUCCUAAUAAACAGUACAUUUAAUCCUAAUAAAAACUUUGCCCAUCAAGGCCCAGUAUUUCCAGGAUGGCAUCGCCUAAAUCUCCUCUUCCUGGAGAGACAAAUCCAGCUGAUGACGGGAGAUGAAGAUUUCGCUAUUCCAUACUAUGACUGGAGGGGAGAGAAGAACUGCUCCAUCUGUACAAAUGAACUGCUGGGAACCAAUGAUGCUCAGGGUGUCCUUGACCCAUAUUCUCACUUCUCUUUCUGGAAGGUGAGUUGCCCUCUGCUAUACCUCUACUGUAAUGGUGGAAGUUCAGCCAAAUAUAAGAGAUCCACAAUCCAAAUACAAGAUCACUCCCCAAAGAUUUUCCCCAAAGAUUGUAACAACAGCAUGCUGCUUACUCCUACCCAAAGCCAUGCCCAACAUGUUUCACCACAACAGGGCGAAGUCAUGGAGAUAGUGAGUACUGAAGGGGAACAAAUCUAA